AUGCCCCUCUUCCACCUGCAGACGUUCUGGGAGUAUAUCCAAAGAGUUUUCUUGGGCACUCUGGCGAUGAUGACCUCAAGAGACAUAGCCCAGGCUAUCUGCUUCCUCGCCCAGACCGGAGUUGGGGUCAUGGGAAAUUCCCUCCUGAUCACACUCCACAUCUCCAUGUUUCUUCUGAACCACAAGACGAAGCCCACGGACCUGAUCAUCCUUCACCUGGCCCUGGUCCACGCCAUGAUGCUCCUUACCAGAGGGGUGACCGUGGGGGCAUCUCUGCUGGGGCACCGGCUCAUCCAGAGUGACAUCGGGUGUAAGACUUUCGCAUAUGUGUACCGCGUUUCCCGCGGCCUCUCCAUCUGCACCACUGCCCUCCUGAAUGCAGUCCAGGCCGUCACCAUCAGUCCCAGGAGCAGUCCCUGGGCCCAGCUCAAAGUCAGCACCCCAAAAUGCAUCUUGUCGAUUUGUGUCUUCUCCUGGUUGGUCAACCCACUGAUUAGCAGAAACCUUCUGCUCCAAGUCAACUCUUCCCCCAACAUGACCAUGUGGGGGCCGAGAUUCCAUGAUAAUGACUGUUCCAUCACCUCCAUCGGCACCGCCCUCCAGGGGUUUUGUCUUGCCCUGAUGAUUCUGCGGGACGGCACCUCUCUGGGGCUCAUGAGCCACGCCAGUGCCCACAUAGUCCUUUUCCUCUAUCGACAUGGCCAGCGGGUCCAGUAUCUUCACACCUCCAACCUCCCCGGCCAAGCCGCUCCAGAGAGAAGAGCCACCCAGAGCAUCCUGCUGCUGUUGAGCUGCUUUGUGACUUUCUACUGUGUGGACUUCCUAUUUUCCUGCUUCCUAGGCACAUCCUUAAAGAAUAACUUCAUACUUAACAAUGCUAACACGUUUGUGGUCAGUGGCUAUGCCACCAUCAGCCCCUUUGUGCUGCUCCAAAGCAACCCAGGAAUCAUUAAGUUCUUGCUUCAUUUUUUGCCGAAGAAAAGUCCCCACGGCCCCCAGGUGGCCACUACUGAAACACUGGUUUCCAUGAUCCUGGAGAUGAACAUGUCAAACAAACACUAG